AUGUCGCAGGCUAUCACUUUCAAGCUGAGCAACGGCGUUGCGAUUCCGGCGUUGGGAUUCGGCACCUUUUCGAACGAAGGCGUUAAAGGAGAAACCUACAAAGCCGUCCUUCAUGCUCUGCGCGCUGGCUACAGACAUCUGGACUGUGCCUGGUUCUACAUGAAUGAAGAGGAGGUUGGCGAGGGCAUCAAAGAUUUCCUAAAGGAGAAGCAGAGCGUCAAGCGAUCCGACCUGUUCAUCACCACCAAGGUCUGGAACCAUCUGCACGAGUUUGAAGAGGUGGAGUGGUCAUUGAACGACUCCCUCAAAAAGUUGCAGCUGGAGUAUGUGGACCUAUUUUUGGUUCACUGGCCGAUUGCUGCCGAGAGAGAUGAUGAUUAUAUGCCGAAGAUCGGCUCGGAUGGCAAGUACGUCAUUAAGGAGGAAUUAACCAAGAAUCCUGAGCCGACAUGGCGUGGCAUGGAGGCCGUCUACAACGCUGGAAAGGCCAAAGCCAUCGGGCUAUCCAACUUCACCAUCCCCGGAAUCAAGCAGGUCCUUAGCUUUGCAAAGGUCCCGCCGCAUGCCAAUCAGAUCGAAAUUCACCCUUUCCUCCCCAACACUGAACUCGUCAACUUCUGUUUCUCCCAUGGGAUCCUGCCCCAGGCGUACUCACCCCUUGGCUCCCAGAACCAAGUCCCCAGCACUGGUGAAAAGGUCGCUACCGAUCCUACUCUCAAUGCUAUUGCUAAACAAGGCGGGCAUACGCUGGCCCAGGUGCUGAUUGCUUGGGGACUGAAGAGGGGCUAUGUGGUUCUACCCAAGAGUUCAAACCCAGCCCGCAUUAGUAGCAAUUUUAGGGAGAUUGAGCUGACGGAACAGCAAUUUGAGGCUGUGAACCUUGUGGCUGAGGGUAGGCACUGUCGUUUUGUGAAUAUGAAAGAUACUUUUGGGUAUAAUGUUUGGCCCGAGGAGGAAUAA